GGCCCCCGGCUGUCAGCGGGCGGGGAUCGCGCCGCCGCUCCCCCGCCAGGCUUGGGGCGCCCAGCGCGGACCCCGGGGUUUGUUUACGUCCGGGCGGGUGCCCGGGGGCCACCCGCAGACCCCGCAGCCGCCCCGCUCUUUUGUGUGCCUGCAGGAGCGGCGCGGAACCGGCCCCUCCGCGGCCGGGGACCCCGGUAGGGGCGCUUGGGGAAACUUGCUGGGGGCGGCGGGCGCCGCGCACGCGGAGCCCGGGUGUCGGGUGUCCCGGGGGCGCGGGUACGGGCGCCGGAGGAGGACUGCAACUUUCCCCGAACGCAGGCCCGGCUCUAAGCCUGGGCGCGCGGUCUGUCCGGGCCGGGGGUGCUUGCUCCCCGGCGCCUGUCCGGGCGGUCCUCUCCCCGCGCCCAGGGGCUCCCGCGGACCCCAGUAAACACCCCACCCCCCGCUCCUCUCUGACCCUCUCCUCCGAGGCCCUGUCCUCCCAGCAGGGUCCGCGGGGGGCAAUGGACCGCGCGGCGGGUCCUCUUCGAAAUGCCUACUCCGAUCGGGUUCUCGAAAGCAAAGCCCCGGGGGCCUCGCUGGACUGUGGUGUGCCGGGCCGUGGUCCAUGCGCCGAGCCCUGGGCGCCGAGGGGGCAUCGUGCUGGGGCUCCACAUCCGGCGCCCGAGCCGCAGCCGUGCCCAGGGGGCGCGUUCCUGCCUGCCAACCCCCACCCAGGGGAGCGGCGCGCCCUCGGGGUCCGCCCGGGACCUGCCAGCUCCGCGCUCGCGGCGCCUGGACGGCCCCGGGACUCUGCCAGGUGGAUGUUGUGCGUAGCCGGAGCCAAGUUGAAGAGGGAACUCGAUGCCACCGCAACAGUAUUGGCGAACCGGCAGGAUGAAAGCGAGCAGUCGAGAAAGCGGCUCAUCGAGCAGAGCCGAGAGUUCAAGAAGAACACUCCGGAGGAUUUGCGCAAGCAGGUAGCGCCGCUGCUGAAGAGCUUCCAAGGGGAGAUUGAUGCACUGAGUAAAAGAAGCAAAGAAGCUGAGGCAGCCUUCUUGAAUGUCUACAAGAGAUUGAUUGAUGUUCCAGAUCCCGUUCCGGCUCUGGACCUCGGGCAGCAGCUCCAGCUCAAAGUGCAGCGCCUACACGACAUUGAAACAGAGAACCAGAAACUUAGGGAAACUCUCGAAGAAUACAACAAGGAAUUUGCUGAAGUGAAAAAUCAAGAGGUAACGAUAAAAGCACUUAAAGAGAAAAUCCGAGAAUAUGAACAGACUCUGAAGAACCAAGCCGAGACCAUAGCUCUCGAAAAGGAACAAAAGUUACAAAAUGAUUUCGCAGAAAAGGAGAGAAAACUGCAGGAGACCCAGAUGUCCACCACCUCAAAGCUGGAAGAAGCCGAACAUAAAGUCCAAACUCUGCAAACAGCGCUGGAAAAAACUCGAACAGAAUUAUUUGACCUGAAAACCAAAUAUGAUGAAGAAAUUACCGCCAAGGCCGACGAAAUUGAAAUGAUCAUGACGGACCUUGAAAGAGCAAACCAGAGGGCAGAGGUGGCUCAGAGAGAGGUGGAGACCUUGAGGGAGCAGCUCUUGUCGGCCAACCACUCUCUCCAGCUGGCCUCCCAGAUCCAGAAGGCGCCAGACGUGGAGCAGGCCAUAGAGGUCCUCACCCGCUCCAGCCUGGAAGUUGAGUUGGCCGCCAAAGAGCGGGAGAUCGCGCAGCUGGUGGAGGACGUGCAGAGACUCCAGGCCAGCCUCACCAAGCUGCGCGAGAACUCGGCCAGCCAGAUCUCCCAGCUCGAGCAGCAGCUGAGUGCCAAGAACAGCACCCUCAAACAACUGGAAGAAAAACUCAAAGGACAGGCUGACUAUGAAGAGGUGAAGAAAGAGCUAAACAUCCUGAAGUCCAUGGAGUUUGCUCCGGCCGAGGGAGCUGGGACGCAGGACUCAUCCAGGCCCCUGGAGGUACUGCUGCUGGAGAAGAACCGCUCGCUGCAGUCCGAGAACGCCGCGCUGCGCAUCUCCAACAGCGACCUGAGUGGGUCAGCCAGGAGAAAAGGGAAAGACCAGCCUGAGAGUCGGCGUCCUGGACCUUUGCCGGCCUCCCCUCCUUCUCAGUUGCCCCGCAACACGGGGGAGCAGGCUUCCAAUACUAAUGGUACACACCAGUUCUCACCAGCGGGGUUAACGCAAGACUUUUUCAGCUCAUCCCUGGCAAGCCCCAGCCUGCCCCUGGCUUCUACGGGAAAAUUUGCACUAAACUCUCUCCUCCAACGACAGCUAAUGCAGUCCUUCUACUCCAAGGCCAUGCAGGAAGCAGGAAGCACAAGCAUGAUUUUUUCAACAGGUCCAUACAGCACAAACUCCAUAUCUUCCCAAAGUCCAUUACAACAAAGCCCUGAUGUAAAUGGCAUGGCCCCGUCUCCCAGCCAGUCAGAAAGUGCUGGGAGCAUCUCCGAGGGCGAGGAGAUAGACACUGCAGAAAUCGCCCGGCAGGUGAAAGAGCAGCUGAUCAAGCACAAUAUCGGACAGCGCAUUUUCGGACACUAUGUCUUGGGACUGUCUCAAGGGUCCGUGAGCGAGAUUCUGGCCCGGCCCAAGCCGUGGAAUAAACUGACGGUUCGCGGCAAGGAGCCGUUUCACAAGAUGAAGCAGUUCCUCUCGGACGAGCAGAACAUCCUGGCUCUUCGCAGCAUCCAAGGCAGACAGAGAGAGAAUCCAGGCCAGAGCCUGAACAGACUAUUUCAGGAAGUACCGAAACGAAGAAAUGGGUCUGAAGGUAACAUCACCACCCGGAUCCGAGCCUCAGAGACCGGGUCCGAUGAAGCAAUCAAGUCCAUCCUGGAACAAGCCAAAAGGGAGCUGCAAGUACAGAAAACCGCAGAGCCGGCCCAGCCUUCCUCGGCGUCCAGCAGCGGGAACUCCGACGACGCCAUCCGCUCCAUCCUGCAGCAGGCCCGCCGCGAGAUGGAGGCCCAGCAGGCCGCCCUCGACCCCGCCUUAAAGCCAGCGCCGCUGUCCCAGACGGACAUCGCCAUCCUGACCCCCAAGCUAAUACCCGCCUCGCCCAUGUCGUCGGUGUCCGGUUACUCUCCAUUAGCCGUCUCCCUGAAGAAGCCCCCCUCGGCUCCCGACUCCAGCGCCCCCGCUCUGCCCAACCCCCCGGCCCUGAAGAAGGAGUCCCAGGACGUGCCCGGGCCGGACCUCCCAGGGGCGGCCGACUCCGCACAGGGGGUCCUCAGACACGUGAAGAGCGAGCUGGGCCGCGGCGGCGUGUGGAAGGACCACUGGUGGAGCGCCGUCCAGCCCGAGAGGAAGAGCAGCGCUCCCCCCGAAGACCCCAAGGCUGAAGAAGCCAGCGGCGGGAAAGAAAAAGGCGGCGGCGGCAGUGGCGGGCAGGCGCGGGCCGAGCGCGGCCAGCUCCAGGGCCCCUCGUCGUCAGAAUACUGGAAGGACUGGCCCAGCGCCGAGUCGCCGUACUCCCAGAGCUCAGAGCUGAGCCUCACCGGAGCCAGCCGCAGCGAGACACCCCAGAACAGCCCUCUGCCCUCCUCCCCCAUCGUGCCCCUGUCGAAGCCCACCAAGCCCUCGGUCCCUCCGCUGACCCCCGAGCAGUACGAGAUCUACAUGUACCAGGAGGUGGACACCAUCGAGCUCACCCGGCAGGUGAAGGAGAAGCUGGCCAAGAACGGCAUCUGUCAGAGGAUCUUCGGGGAGAAGGUGCUGGGCCUGUCCCAGGGCAGUGUCAGCGACAUGCUGUCCCGGCCGAAGCCAUGGAGCAAGCUGACCCAAAAAGGCCGCGAACCCUUCAUCCGGAUGCAGCUCUGGCUGAACGGCGAGCUGGGCCAGGGCGUCCUGCCUGUCCAAGGACAGCAGCAAGGGCCAGUCCUGCACUCCAUGACGUCACUCCAGGACCCCCUGCAGCAGGGCUGCGUGAGCUCAGAAAGCACUCCAAAGACCUCUGCCAGCUGCAGCCCUGCACCCGAAUCACCGAUGAGCUCUAGCGAAUCAGUGAAGAGUUUGACUGAACUGGUCCAGCAGCCCUGUCCCCCCAUUGAAACAAGUAAGGAUGGCAAACCGCCAGAACCCAGCGACCCGCCUGCUUCAGACUCCCAGCCCACCACCCCACUGCCUCUGUCCGGACACUCGGCUCUCAGCAUUCAAGAGCUGGUGGCCAUGUCUCCAGAGCUGGACACCUACGGCAUAACCAAGAGGGUCAAGGAGGUGCUGACCGACAACAACCUAGGUCAGCGCUUGUUUGGGGAGACCAUCCUAGGGCUCACCCAAGGCUCCGUCUCCGACCUCCUAGCUCGCCCAAAGCCCUGGCACAAGCUCAGUCUGAAGGGGCGGGAGCCCUUUGUCCGGAUGCAGCUGUGGCUGAAUGACCCCAACAACGUGGAGAAGCUGAUGGACAUGAAACGGAUGGAAAAGAAAGCCUACAUGAAGCGGCGGCACAGCUCGGUCAGCGACAGCCAGCCCUGCGAGCCCCCCUCCGCUGGCAUCGACUACAGCCAGGGCGCCAGCCCCCAGCCCCAGCACCAGCUGAAGAAACCCCGAGUGGUGCUGGCUCCCGAAGAGAAGGAAGCUCUGAAACGAGCGUAUCAGCAAAAGCCAUACCCGUCACCAAAAACCAUCGAAGAACUCGCCACCCAGCUCAACUUGAAAACCAGCACUGUCAUCAACUGGUUCCACAAUUACAGGUCUCGGAUCCGCAGAGAACUGUUUAUUGAGGAGAUUCAGGCCGGGAGCCAGGGCCAGGCCGGGGCCAGCGACUCGCCGUCGGCCCGGAGCGGCCGGGCAGCGCCCAGCUCGGAGGGCGACAGCUGCGACGGCGUGGAGGCCGCCGAGGGCCCGGGCACCGCGGACGCCGAAGAGUCGGGCGGCCCCGCGGCCGCCGCCAAGUCUCAGGGAGGGCCGGCCGAGGCGGCCGCGGCCCCGGAGGAGCGGGAGGAGGCGCCGCGGCCGGCGGAGAAGGCGGAGCCGCCGCCCUCGGGGGCCCCGGCCCCGGACGCCGCCACCGACGAGAGCCGGCCCCGGGCGCCGCCACCGCCGCCGCCGCCCGAGGGCCCCGCGGACGGCCCGGGGCCCGUGCCAAACCCCGCCGCCGCCGCGCCCGCGGCCGGGGAGGACGCCGCUACCUCAGCCGCCCCGCCGGGGGAGGGCCCGUGCAGGGCCCGGGACGGCGCCGACAGGAGUUCCGCUUUGCCAAGCACCAGCGCGCCCGCGGCCGCCCGCAGGCCCAGCUCGCUGCAGAGCCUCUUCGGCCUCCCGGAGGCGGCGGGCGCCAGGGACUCGCGAGACAACCCCUUGAGGAAGAAGAAGGCCGCGAACUUGAACAGCAUAAUCCACCGCCUGGAGAAGGCCGCCAGCCGGGAGGAGCCCAUCGAAUGGGAGUUCUGAGAGGGCGCCGCCCGCCCGUCCCGCCGAGCCGGGCCGAGUCUGGCCGAGCCGGGCCACGCCUGACCGGGCAGGGCCGAGUCGGGCCGAGCUGGGCCUAGUCGAGCCGAGCUGGGCCGAGUCUGGCCGAGUUUGGCCGAGCCGGGCCGGGCAGGAGGGGGGGGCGCCGACUCCGCGGCCUGGACCGUGUUGCGCACUUAACCGCCCUGCGGGCCACAGGGCAAAAUCGCCAUAGGCCAAGGUGCAUAUAGAAAACAAAGGAGCAUUAAGCCCAAUCUAUGUCGUGUUUUCAAGGAAGAAAACGGAAAUGUGUAGUCGAGCUUUUUUGUACCCUGAAGUGUUUUUUUAAUUGCCCUAAGUGAUUUCCACAGGUUCUGGAAUAACUCUUACAGCUUUGCCUUGCGCCCUCCUCUUUCGUGUGGGCUUUAAAAAAAAAAAAAAAAAAAAUCAAACCCACAUAUUAAAAGGGGGCUUUUUAUCUGCCAUCUAAUGGCUUCAGAGCGAUAAUACACUAUUAUCUUCUUAAACCAGGAAAAAAAAGGGGGGGGGGGAUUUUUCAGAAAAAUUUAAAAAGAAAGUUUUUGUAGCUGUUCAGUUGCCACUAAGAGAUUGCACAGUCAAACCGACUCUAAACACACUAGUUUGGAUUCCUAAAUAUUUUCAAGCAAAGAAUCUUCUCCUUUGAAACUUUGAAUUAAAGUAAAACACAUUUACUUCACAUAUUUUUUAACAAAAAGAAAAGUCACAUCAGGAAACUAUCUGAUUUUGUGGUAGCUGACGUAGUGUCUUCUUGUACGUGAAUAGAAUCCUGACAUGUAGUGCACAUUGAUCCAUAGCUUUAACUGACUCUGGGCUUUUGCUGACCAGGGUUCGUUUAAUACACUCCAUUCUAGGCCAAAUCAGGACAAAAAGAAAAGAUCCGAAUCUAGGUAUUUUAUAAUCUGCUUUUUAACCUCUAACCGCAGAGCACGCUGAUCAGACCUCAUAUGUCGGAGGUGUAGGAGACAAGUUAGAACUGUAGCAUGUACCCGUUCAUUUUGUUUAAUUUAUGGUGUCUUACGUCUGUGUUAGUGCAUCUUGCACACAUACGAGCGUUGAAAGAAAGGAGGAAAGAGUAGGCCGCGAAGGUCGCCGCAGGCAGAUCUGGGGCCACACAGGGCCCCUCGUAGGCAGCAGUCUUUCCACGACACAGAAGGCACCGCACCUCACACCACUCUCCCGGGCACCUGAUGGACUGAGCCCCACCAGGGGACGCCACUCCCUGGGCCUGGGCAGGGCUCGCGCGCGCACGCGCUCUCUCUCCCGCUCGCUCUCUCUCCCGCUCGCUCUCUCUCCCUCUCUCUUUCUCUCUCUCUCUCUCUCUCUCCCUUUCUUCCCACCACAAGCACUGAUGACUGUUGACGUCGUGGGAAGCCUCCUUCCUUCCCUGCAGAAGAGAGAACGUGGCAGUCUGGGCUCGGCUCCCACCCCGGUAGAGAUGGCCCAAACUCACACCAAAACGCUGAUGCUCUUCACAUCCAGACCAGACCAUUGGCCCUCCAUUCAUUUUGCCUCUUGGAACGUUCUUUUAUGCACAGUUUAGGGCAGUCUAAGUACAAAUCAAAAGUCUAACUUGUCUCUGAUUCCUCCUGUCGUCUAUGUGUAUAUGCGUGAGAACAGAGGUGGAUGAGAGUGUGCGUGUGUGCGUGUGUGCAAUUUUAUACGUCUGUGUAUUUUCUUAAGUACCUGUGCACACAUAGAGUGCAUUACUGCCACCUUUUUUCAAUAAGCUGUUUUAUCAGUUAUGGCUUCUACAAGUUUGCUAAUUUAGACUCCUUUAUUGCCAUAUCUUUAAACUAACAAUAGAUGAUUUCGGUAUAUAUAUAUAUUUUUUUUUGCUUAUUUAUAGGUGCUGUAUUUUAUUAUCUGAUUGUUAGGAAGGGAUGAGAGGGGCAAAUAUUCUUUAGAGGGAUAGACUGCCGGCAGUAUUGGGUAUAAUUUACAAGAUGUAGUUGUCAUACUGUAUAUUACUGAUUGAAACCUUUUUGACCGUAUUGUGUAUCAUUGAAACCUUUGUCUUAGGUCAACAUCUUUGGAUGACAUUUUAAUGGUGCAUUCAUUAUUUCUAAGUUUAAUUAAUAUUACCUUUUUUUGAUUUGGGGGGGGUGGGAGGGAGUUCUAAUUUUAAAGGUAUGCUCCCGCUAUUACACCUCAGUGUGCUUGUAUUAAUUAACUUGUAGGACUUUGACUGUAAGAUGUGAAACCACAUUUCUUGCAUGAUGUUUUAGAAAUUAUGUAUUUUCAUUUACAGUCUUUUAACCUGCAACUGCAGCACUUAGUUCAAGUUUUCACAAGUUUAAGAGUCACUACACUAAAGACAAUGCCUUUUCAUGAAUAAGAAGUUUGCAGAAGGCUCUAGGAGGCUGGGAGGCAGGCCGUUUGUCUUUCGAUGGUUGCAUAUCAUCUCUGAACUUGAAAUCUGGUUCAGUGAGCAGAGAAUUCAACAUGGAGGAGCUUAAGGGGAAAACGGAUUCACAUCUGGCUGAAUCCAGGUGCGGUGAGAAGAGCGAGUUUGCAUUCGUGACCCUCACAACAGCAGCAGAGCCCCUGACAGUACUGUGGUGUCCUCUCCACGAAAACCUCAAGGAGGAAUUUUGUCGUCACGUGUGCUGAAUCUCCAAAUACCUGAUUUUCAUUAGAACGAAAAGCAGGGCGUUAACAGGGAAUACUAGGGUAGUAUUUUCGUUUUAAAGGCAUGACUGUUAUUUACUAAGGUGUGAAAUCUGAGGAAAUUGAAAAAGUAUAAAUCUGUCCAUCCUAGUGGCCAAAUAGUAACGUCGAAAACAGCCGCUUUGGCUCUUCCAGGCAAUUUAGUCAUUUUUGUUGUUGGUGGUUGUUUUUUUUUUUAAACUAGGUUAUUGUUGAUUUCCAUUCUAUCUUUUUUGCCAGACUUACAUCUGGGUGCUCGAUACAAUCAGUUGGUUAAAUUUUGCUUGCAGUUCCAUGUUUGUAUUUUUUCCUCUAUUUAUUUUAUUUUAUUUUUUUUUUUGAUUGCGAUCCCAACCCUAUGAUCUCUUGUGUUAAGCUGUCACUAUAAUACUUUUAAGAGCUGCCACUAAAUAACAGAAACCUGGGGGGGGGGAGGGGGUGUCCCCCUCCUCUUUGCGCCCCUCAUUUUGAGUCCAAGGGUUGAUCUUUCAUCUUGAGAAGCAAUAUUCAAGUGCCUUGAACAGCAUCCUCUCCGUGGGCUUUACCUUCAGCUGGCUGGCGUUCCAAGCAGUAGCUCCCACAGGCAGCCGACCUCUUCCUCUUUCCGCUCCAUCAGUUUAAAAAGCUGAUUUGUACCUCUCCCCUGGGGAAAACGGUUUCGUAUAAAACACUAACACUUAAUUACAAGCUCCAUUAUACCAUUUUAAAUGGCUUCUUUUUGUUAAUUGAAGGCAGUGUUCAUAAGUUAAGGUUUUUGCCGUUACUUAGCUGGCUAAGUGGAGGCUCCGCAUACAAUCAGUGUUCAUGUUCAGCCUCUUGACCCUUGGUUCCUGCCCACAUUCUCCUGUGCUGUCUGAGGUGGAAGGGGUGUGGGUUCUGUCCCAGCACUGUGCCCGCUCGCUCCCGCCACCUGGCUCCCAGAUGACCUCUUCCCUUGAACUUCUGGAUCAGGCAGGGUUGUCUGUGAUUUCUGUCUACCAGGCCGCCCUUCUUUAGAAAGGAUUACCACAGCCAUCUAGCUCUAACUCGGUUUUCCUCAGAGCCUACCUUCCCAAAGAACAUCACGACACGAGGUGGCUUACGGUCAGCAGACUGGAGAGAAGUCUCCAGGAAAUGCCAGGAUCUUGACUUGUAUGACUACUCUCAAGCCAUGGCCACUACGUCUGGGAAAGUGACCGAGGCAAAAAGAUGAGAGUUCAUGGCCUCCCUGGGACAGUUUCCCUGAACUUCCAAAGCACAAAUGCCUCCCUGCUCAUCUCCCUCCUGUGGGCAUCUUUGUUUUCCCCCCCAUUUACAAGCCACAUAUGCUGGUUGGUGGUCCAGACCCAGAGUACAACAGAGCUUUGGGUUAAGUGUGCGUCUGUGCUCCCUCUGGCUGUGAGAGACCCUCCCCAGCCAGCCCCAGGCCCAGCCGCCAGCUCCAGGAGGAAGGAAACACCCGAAUGCCUCCAUGCCUGGGGCCACAUCAGCCCACAGCCCUGAGCAGACCAAGCAGAGGGCAGGUUGUACGCAAGCUCUGGCGUCAGCUAACUAUCCUCAGAUCACCUGGAAGUCGUGCCCUAAGAGGUUGGGACGAGUCACGGGACAGCUCUGUCCGCAGGCAGGUGCCUUUCUGGCUAAAGUUGGCCUGGAUUUCUUUGUUCUCCCUGAAUUCAUGUCCUUACAUGCAGGGGUGAUCAAUGAACUCUAUUGACUUUCUAUGCAAUGUUUUUCAUUCCUCUGAUUGUAGGAAAACAAACCUCCCUGAAAAUAGCAGAGGAGCCAGGGGGAGCAUAACGCCCGUCCUUCAGGGAUGGGCACAGAGUGAAACAGCGGUGGUGAUUUACUAGGUCUUGAACUUGGGGACAGUAGCCUUUGCCUUAAAUGCACUAUGGCAGGCACCUCUCGACGGGCCUGUGAGAACAAGAGUCUGUCCUUAGCCGUCCCAGGCUGCUCCUCUCUGAGGCCAGUAAGCCAGCUGCGUGGGGGAGAUGGAGCAGGGAGAGGUCCUGGCGAGCGUGGUGGGCUGGUAGCUGUGCCCCUUCAGCCUGGAGGUUUGGCUCCCUCCUUGGAUGUCCUUUGUUGUCACACUCAUUUGUCCCCUUCUACCUCACUAACCAUGCUCCCACUCGACCUCACCCCUCACCCCUCAGAAACGUGAGGCAAGUGGGAUCCGGGAAGAGAAAACCUAGAAGUGUGGCGUCCAUGAGUGUAUCUUGGCCUGGUGGGCAGGCGGCUUCCCUCUUGUGAGCACAACACGGACAGACAGCUGUUCUCUGUGAGCCACGGGGACUCUCCUCUUGACUUCCACCUGUUCCUGAAGCUCUCACAGCUGUUUCCUUUGCAGGCAGGGGCCGUCUCGGGCCUCAGAGGGCCUUGCCUUUGGCCCGCCUCUGCACUCUGUCCAUUCCUACUCAGCUGUUAAGAUCCGUCACAGCCAUUUCCCUUGCCCUGGGCUGCCCCUCCAUGGCCACGUGAGGUCACUUCCCCAGGAUUCCCACUUGGCCUCGGGGAGCUCUGUUGUCUCUGGCACUGGGAGGUUAUCGUUUCAGCCCCUCUGUGAGACCUCCGUGGGAAUCUUCUGAAGGACAGGAGAGAAUACGGCCUUCUCCAGCCCUCAUGCCCAGUCUUCAGUCACGUGACCCUUUCUUCCCCAAAGAAUAGGCCAGUUUCCGCCCCGUGCUGAAGAAAACCAGCUCCCACGGCUGCUGGUUAGGUGAGGUGGCCAGAGUGUUCUGAUGGAAAGAGUUUGGAAGCGCUUACCGGGAGGGCUGCUGCGGUCUCAUUCGGGCCUUGAUGGCGUUAGGGGAGCCUUCGUGACCCCCGAGGCAGAGCUCCUGCCCUAAGUGUCAAGGUGGUGGCCUGGGCCUCCAACAUGAUGUCCGUCUGUUUCCCCAGUGCACUGAAUGUCGGUCCGGCCAGCACACCUGCUUGCUUAGAGGAUGGCCCAGUUUGGCAAUGUUAAUUCCCAUUCCCAUCCGUCGCUGCCUUUUGGUAGAUGAAAGCUACCGGGAAAAGAAGGGAAAGCAAGUUGCCAAUUAAAGUUCCAAAAAGAUCAAGGCUUUGAGACCCUUAGAGAUGUGCAGAAAACUGAGGCCAGAGCACUCGGGGCUGAUAGAGGGGGCAGAGGAAGGGGCGUGGGCAGUGCCGAGCUGAGCAUAAAAUGAGCCCUGCCCUGGAGUCUGCCCUGCCCUAGCAGCCUGGGAGCCUCAUCCCUGGUCAGGGAAGAAGAAGGACAUGCAAUUCCUCCCCCCACCACCACCGUCUGUCCCAUCGCAGGAACUGCCCCCACCAGCCCAGGCCCUGCUACCACCCCUUCCGUCACCACCUUCCCUCCAAAGAGACUGUGUCCACGCUGUCCGUGGCAUCCUCCCCAUUUUCAUUUUUGGAUGAAGUGACAUUUAGCUUUAACAAGACAUUUCCAAAGCGCCUAGUCUCCUCCAAAAUGCUAAUUUUAAAAGUUGGGCAUUGUAGGUGAAGGACCUUAAAAAAAAAAAAGGCGAGUGAGAGAAAGACAUUAGGCUAGGCAUAAAUGUACACUUCCCCAUCCCCGCUAUUCAACAUUUAAAAUAGCUUUGAGUUGCUUUUCAUGGAUCAUUUUAGCUUAUCCAAUAGUGUAGAGUCUGUGUUACUGUAAUUUCUGUAGCGUUUAGGCUUUCAUUUCUACCACAAAAUAUGCUAUAUGCUAUGUAUCAAGCUUUCUGUGAUCAGAAAGGAAAGGUGCCUUAUAUCCCAAUGUCAUGGCUACAUCCCUAUGGAAAAUAAUCAGAAGCACAGUGUGUACGGAAGCAUUGGGACUUCCGUUGGUGAAACCAGACACCAGUCAGCAAGAUGCAUUGAAGUGGCACGGGGCUGCUUUUGUUUUCUGGUUCCCUUUUUUCUCCUUUUUUCAUUUUCCUUUUUUUUUUCUUUUCUCUUUUUUUUUUUUUUUUUUGCCUAGUUUGCUUUAAACAGAAAGCACUUAAAUAGAUGACUAUGUGUAAAAGCUCUGUGCAAUAGAAAUCAUUUUUCUUCAUUUUUAAGAUGUAACGUAUUGCACACCAAAUGAACUCAAAGUAAGCUUUAGACCAGGACGAUUCAGGUUGUGGAGGAGUAGGACGAGUUUGUUCACUGUAGUUCCGUGUGUUCAUGAACUGAAGGGAAAACAGGCCUCCCCAGCACCCCCCCACCCCCAUCUCAGCUUGCCUCUUGCUGACCGCCAAGCUAGGCGUGUAGGGCCCACGGGUACCCACCAGAACUUCUGGCUGGGUGGCAGGGCGGGUGGAGGGGGUCUGUGACUCAGCAGCUGAGAACCUUCUCCAGUGUGAGACCACAGCUCUGCCUUCCAGCACUUAACCUUUUCUUGUUGAGAUGGAUUGACUGCUACUGACCCGCCAGCGUGUGUGAGGAUAAUUAUAAAAGGAUGUUUCCUUGAGAAAAAAAAAAUUAUUUCUAGCCUCUUCUAUUUAUUAUUAGGUUAAUCCUUUAAGUACUUAUCAGGAGUAUAUUGUUAUUUUGUGUCGUUGUUGUUGUCAUAAAUGCUUUUUGCUAUCACUCCAGUGGUGACCGUCUUCUGCCUCCUGCCCUCCCCCGCCCCAAAGAACCCAAGGGUCUGGAGAUGCGGAGGGGGGGUGGGAGGCGGGAGGGGGAGGGGGGCCAGCGGGGGCUUCUCCAGCAGAAUCAGACGUCUGUCUCCAGGGCUGCCACCCAAACACUGGUGGUCUCUACACGUCUAACUUUUCAAAAUGAGAGAGUUGCUGAACAAAAAAAAAAUGUACCAAUGUAAGGAAAGGACACUCGCGUGAGGAGCUAUAGAGGAGACUUAGAAAAAGCAAAGCUCAGUUCCCCAAAGCCUCCUAGAGCCUCUGGUCAGACUUCUGGUUUCAUGGCGUUUCAGGAGCCCCGGACAGAGCGGGUGCGGCGGCCUGGUCGAGCCUGACUUCCGGUGACAGAGGUUUCCGGGCAAGGCUCACGUGGGCUGACAGGUUUCGGUUGGCUCUCGUUUCUGUUGUUGUUGUUUUCCUUGCCUGCAAAAGUUGGUCAGAACCUUCUUGAGGAGCAACUGUGUUUCUUAGUCCGGCUGCGGCUUAAGGACCCGCCCCAGGGGGGUGGGGUGGAGUCCCUUAUCCCCCUUCACGUGGUCAAGUGUGGAGGAAGUUUGGACCAGGGGCACAGCUUUCUGUGGCUAGAGGCACAGCCAACAAGACACCCAGUUACUUGCUCAUCGGGUGUUGGGGUGCAGUGGGACUGGUGGUGGAGGCCAAGGUGGGGCUCCCAAAGGGCCCACCGACCGCCGACUCACUCUCCGUGCCACGACUUUUCCCUCCUCUGACAUCAUUUGGGGUCCUGAUUCUGUCCUUGUCUCUGAAAGAAAGCCCUCUGAUGAAAUAACGGCCCCCAUCCCUCCCCUGCCAAAGGGUUUUCAUUUCCCUCCAAGUAGUCUAUGCAUUUCUCUCUCUCUCUCUCUCUCUCUCUCUCUCUCUCUCUCACUUUCAAACCGUUUUCUGCCUCCUUGGGAAAACGGGCAUCUCAUGUCCCACUCUCCGAGACCCCCUCAGAAAAUGCUGUGCAUUUUGGAGGCAUGAGGAUUCGUUCAAAAUUCCGAAAGCAUUUGCGGAUAGCUUGUUAUAAAAGUGGGAAAAAGCAAAAGAAAAGGCGGUGUCCCCCACGUCCCUUUCCACUGAGUAAGACCUAGCUCUUUGCGAUUGUGCAAUAAACUACUUGCCAUGAGAGCGGGUGGCCACGCUCCUGCCCAGACUACUAACUAACACAGCACAGGACGGCCGGCCGCACGGCGGGCCUCUUCCAGAUGACUCCUAAUAAGCUCAGCUUCCCCCCUGCACCCCGUGUCUUGUGGUGUCUUACAUUUUAGCAGUAUUUUAUAUUUUCUGUAACGCACUAAGUCUUAGAUGUUUUUAGAGCUCAUCUGUUCAUACUCACAAUCACAGACUUUUAUUUUUUAAAUCCUCACAAUGACCCAAUUGACCAAAAAACAAACAAAAAAAAACACAAAACACCAUCAUUUUUGUACAAAUAGCUUUGAGAAAAGUCUUUGUUGUGUUGCUGUGAGCCAUCUCUAGUAACAUUUUAUUUCUGCUAUUUGUUUUCGACACGGUAAGUCAAAAGUUGAUCCGCCUGGCGUGGGGGUGGGGGGAGGCACCCGUCGGCCCCUGGGCGUUGUCCCUUCUGUCUUCGGUUAGCCAUACGCUGUUUGUUCUCAGCACUGUACAACGGUCCCUAUAUGAUAUGGAGAAGCAAUAUCACUGUAUGAAACUCACACCAUGUAUUAUUAUUAUUCACUAGCACCCUAGGUGUGAUCAUUGAAGUAAAUAUCUUUUAUACAAACACAAGAA